AUGGGGAGGUAUCGUCCUCCUGAAGAAGAAGAGAAUAAACGUAGAAAGCGAACAAGAGCAAAAAAUGUAGUUCGAUUUGAGAUGCCUUUUGCAGUAUGGUGCAAUCAAUGCCAAAAUUUAAUCUCUCAGGGCACCAGGUUUAAUGCAGAGAAAAAACAUAUUGGUUCAUAUUAUUCUUCAAAAGUGUGGUCUUUCAUCUUUCAUUGUCAUACUUGCUCUAAUGCUCUCGAGAUACAUACAGACCCAAAGAAUACAGAAUACAAUGUGUUUAAUGGAGGGAAAAGAAAAGCUGAUGCUUCCAAUACUGUGACAUUAUCCAACGUUGCGAGCUCUGACAAUCAUGAUCCAUUAGAGACUUUGGAAAAAAGUAUAACUACCCAGAAAACGCAAGAGGAUCAAAAUACAGAAUUGGAGCUUAUUUAUGAAAAAAAUGAGAGACAAUGGGCAGAUCCUAUGACUGUUUCUCAAAAACUUCGAAAACGUUUUAGGGAGAAAAAGAAGUUGAUAAAAGAGCAAGAGCAAAGAGAGAAUAAUUUGAAGUAUCAAGCUGGUCUUGAUUUAAGUCUUUUACCCCCUACCAUUUCUGAUGAAAAAAUUGCUCAACAGUUAGCUCGUCAUGAGCGCACGGAGUCUCAAGCACCUGUGAAGCCUGAUUACAAAAAGAUAAUAAUGAAACGUAGUAAAAAAGAAAGAUUCUCAAAUUUUGAUGAUGCAGUCGCCCUAACUGGUUUUCUCCGAAAUGACUCUUGUUUUCCAAAAGUUUCAGAUACAGAAAAUGCAGUUGUAAAGGUAUCUAAGACGAGGGAGUGGACUAAGGGUCCAGAGAAGACUUCUACAGCAUCUCUGGUUGAAUAUGAAGGAAGUGAUGAAUCUACUUAA